CAAUCACUAAACAUGAAAAUUCCUUCCAUCCCAACCCUCUCACUCACUCUCCUCCUCAUCUUCUCGUGCGCCUCGGCAGCUUCUGCCGAUGCGCACGAGGAUUUCCUGACGUGCCUCUCUCACGAGUCCAUGAACAACACCUACUUCGCCAACGACGUCCAUUCCACCGCUAGCUCAUCCUUCGAUUCCGUCCUCCAGUUUUCCAUCCGAAACCUGAGGUUUGCAUCGGAAUCCACUCCCAAGCCGCAGGUGAUCAUAACCCCAGAGCACGAAUCCCAGAUCCCGCCUGUCAUAUACUGCGCCAAGCAGUAUGGUGUCGAGAUCAGAGUCCGAAGCGGUGGCCAUGACCUGGAGGGACUAUCUUAUGUUUCACAGAAUCAAUUUGUGAUCAUAGAUUUGAUCAACAUGAGUGAAAUCAACAUCGACGUUGAGGAGAAAACCGCGUGGGUCCAAUCCGGCGCGACGCUCGGCACUCUAUACUACAGGAUCGCGGAAAAGAGCUCCACCCUGGCGUACCCUGCCGGCCUCUGCCCCACCGUGGGCGUAGGCGGGCAGUUCAGCGGAGGCGGCGAAGGCACAUUGCUGCGCAAAUACGGCCUCGCCGCCGAUAAUGUCAUCGACGCGCGAAUAAUCGACGUCAACGGCAAAAUCAUGGACAGGAAAUCAAUGGGCGAGGAUCUGUUCUGGGCGAUCAGAGGCGGCGGAGGCGCCAGUUUCGGCGUGAUCGUUGCCUGGAAAGUCCAGCUAGUGGACGUUCCAGAAAAAGUCACUGUGUUCACGGUGAACAGGGCACUGGAACAGAACGCAACUCAGUUGAUACAACGCUGGCAGGAAGUGGCGCCAAAGCUAGACAGGGAUUUAUUCAUUGGAAUAUUCUUUUUCGGGCUGACCGCUGCCCAAACCGGGGCAAACCCGACAAUUCUUGCCUCUUUCUUCUCUCUCUUCCUCGGGGAGGUCGACAGACUCCUCCCCAUACUGGAAGAGAGAUUCCCUGAGCUGGGCGUCAGAAAAGAAGACUGUUUAGAAAUGAGCUGGAUCGAAUCGACCGUAUACUUCGCCACGGCCCCCAUCAUCCCGCCACCCGCGCCACUUCCGCUCGAGUUUCUUUUAAACCGGACCCAACCCGGCCUGAGACUCCUAAAAAUGAAAUCCGACUACGCGGUGAAGCCAAUCUCUGCAGAGGCCCUAGAAGGCCUCUACACUCAAUUCUACGAGCAUGAGGCGGCCGAGUCCUUCGAGCUCAUGCUCCCAUACGGCGGAAGGAUGACGGAGAUCUCGGAAUCCGCCAUCCCUUUCCCCCAUAGGAGCGCUUACAUCUUCAAAGUUGCUUUAACAGUGGCAUGGAAGGAAAGUUUGGCUCAUGAUUCUGAAAAGUACAUCAGCUGGAGCAGGAGGUACCACAGUUACAUGACGCCGUACGUUUCGAAGAAUCCGAGGGCGACGUACUAUAAUAACAGAGAUCUCGAUAUUGGAGUGAACAACGUUGAUGGGAACACGAGCUACACGCAGGCUAGUGCUUGGGGAGUUAAGUAUUUCGGGGAUAAUUUCGAUCGUCUUGUUCGGGUGAAGAGCGUGGUGGAUCCACACAAUUUCUUUAAGAAUGAACAGAGCAUUCCGCCUUGCAGUAAGAAAGAAGAUUGAGAAUUGAGAUGAUUUGUUACAUUUGAAAUUUUAUUUUUCUGGUAAUAAUGAUUUAUGGUUUACUCUCCUUUUUGUACUAAUUGAAAGUUGUUUUAGUUUUGGAGUGGAUGUAAUGAAUGCAAGAUAUCUUUGGAAUUUAUGAACAAAUUUUAUGAUGGAAAA